AUGGAGCUCUCGCAGGACAAGCCGCAGGCCCUGAAGAUCCAGAAAUCUGAGCUCGGGCACCUGUCCCUCGUCCUGUCCCUCCCUCCAAACCACAGCCCGCUAUUUACAGAGCCGCAGCCUCCUGAGAGACACUUAAGUAUUGUUCAAGUGCUUAAUCCUUGCCUCUCUGCAGAUCUGAGCAUCAACCUCCAGGACGACAGCAGCUUCUUCUACGGCGUAUCCAGUCAGUAUGAGAGCUCGGAAAAUAUGAUCAUCACCUCCUCCACUAAAGUCUGCUCGUUUGGGAAACAGGUGGUGGAGAAGGUGGAGACGGAGUACGCACGCUUUGAGAACGGCAGAUACGUGUUCAGGAUCCAUCGAUCGCCGCUGUGUGAAUACAUGAUCAACUUCAUCCAUAAACUCAAACAUCUACCAGAGAAAUACAUGAUGAACAGCGUACUUGAAAACUUCACCAUUCUGCAGGUGGUGACCAACAGAGACACUCUAGAAACCUUGCUAUGCAUCGCAUACGUGUUUGAAGUGUCCACCAGCGAGCACGGAGCCCAGCAUCACAUCUACAGACUAGUCAAAGACUGAGCCUCUCCGCGGGCCACGGAUCCACAGACGCCACAGCGGUCCCUCCUGGAUGCAGCCCAAACUCCUGCACUUCUUCUGCUCGGGUCGCGCGGACACGCAGGGCAAACGACUCUCUAGAAGCACUGCUCAGAGGCACAAGCAGAGAAUCUGCCGGAAUGGCAAAUCUGAAUGUCGUGACAUUUGAAUUUAUUCUUUUGUAUAAUGAGAACUGUGAUAGCAGGACGAAAUGCAUGAGAAAGUUCUUUGGUUUUUCUUCAUCUCAUUUUAGCCCCAUGUGUUUGUGUUAGUGUUUGUUAGUAUGGGAGUGAUGGUCACCUACCGGACGAGCCAAAGGUGGACAAACAGUGUUUUUUCUUCAUGUAUCAGGACAAACCUGAACGUCAAACGACAGAAUGUGUUUUUUCGUAGAUUUGCUACAUUGUAUUUAUCAGCCAUGUUCUUAAAUGUGGAAAACUUAAACUUAAAUCAGUCUAACGUGAAAGAAACUCGGAAGACUCUGGGCUUUUCUCCACAACAAGGGUUUGUAAGAAACAGACAUCUAACUGCGUAUUUGACCUGACAGCAGAAUCAGUCUAUCAGGAAUAAAGAGCGUGUGUUAUCCUU